AGCAAACAAUGGCUUCCCAUGGAGAGUGAGAGCAAGAUGUGCUGCAUCACAGCAGUUUGCUGCUGGCCCCUGGGCUGGCAGCAGCAAUACCCACUCAUCUUUGUAGAAGAGGCAUUUCACGUUUUCUGAGCCCGUAAAGAAGAGGAAGUGGGAGCAAGAGAAAGAAAGGGAGAAGAAACAGCUAUGAAAUGUGUAAGGAAACAGCAGACUGGCUGCGUGCCCGCACUGCCCAGCGCCCGAAGACUGCCAUCAUCUGCGGCUCUGGACUGGGAGGCCUGGCUGAUGUCCUGGAGAACAAGACAGUCUUUCUGUAUGAGGACAUCCCACACUUCCCACAGAGCACAGUUGCAGGGCAUGUUGGCAGACUGGUGUUUGGGGAGCUGAACGGGCAGCCCUGCGUGUGCAUGCAGGGACGCUUCCACUAUUACGAAGGAUAUUCUGUCAGCACGGUAACCUUCCCUAUCAGGGUCUUCUUUCUCCUGGGGGUGGAGAUCUUGAUUGUCACAAAUGCUGCCGGGGGUCUGAAUCCCCACUUCCAAGUGGGAGACAUUAUGUUCAUUAGAGAUCACAUCAGCAUGUUUGGCUUGGGAGGGCAGAAUCCCCUGCGUGGGCCCAACGAUGAAAGGUUUGGAGUGAGGUUUCCCUGCAUGUCAGAUGCAUAUGAGCAAGAUCUGCUUGGCCUGGCAAUGGAGAGUGCACAGGAGCUGGGCUUUCUGAGCUUCAUCCGAGAAGGAGUCUACUGUCAGCUGGCAGGUCCCUGCUACGAAACCAUUGCUGAGUGCCGUGUGCUGCAGGCACUGGGAGCAGAUGCUGUGGGCAUGAGCACUGUCCCAGAAGUAAUUGUAGCCAGGCAUUGUGGCCUUCGAGUCCUUGGCAUCUCCCUCAUCACCAAUAAAGUGGUGAUGAGCUACAACAGCCAAGAGAAAGCCAACCACGAGGAAGUGCUGCGCAUCUCGGUGGUGCGGGCUGAAGCCCUGCAGAAGCUGGUCACACACCUCCUUGGCAAGCUGGGGGAAAGCACAAGCUCCCCAUGACCCCCAGCCACUUCUCACUCAUCUCCUAACGUGUGAACACCAGCAGGUGCUGGGGGAGAGCUGUCUGUGAGACUGUCCCCUUCUGCUCUCUUGAUUUCAAAUAGACCUUUUGAUGUUUGUCCCUGUGCUUUAGCUGGUUGGGCGCAGAGGUUUGCUUUGAAUUUUGCCAGGAUGAUCCCCUUGUUAGCAGCCAGUGACUAAAUCAGCUUUCUGGCACCCCUAUUUAACAGGGAGUGAAAGUGCAGCCCAGAUACAAGUCAUGAUUUCCCCAUGCACGUUAUAAAAGUGGCCAAGCUGGACACAAGAUCUCGGCCCAGCUCUGCCUGAUUGUGUUCGUUUCUGUCUUGGAGAUCAGCAGCUCGAGCCACUUGCAUUGGUGUCCCACCUUUGGUGUCCCACCACUGGUGUCCCAAGACAGAGAUAUCAGUUUGACCCAGUGUUUCACCCCAGCUUUGCUCUGCUGGAGACCCUGCAGCAGAUGUUGGAGCAAAAAUGGUUUGUGGAGUUCAGUGAUGUGACGUUACAGUGGAAAUCAUUUUGGAACAGGUGUGAUACUGUUCUGGACUUUCCCAGUCCUCCUACAUGAAGAAACUGAGUGUGGCAGUGAGUAAAGGACAAACAGGAGAGGCUACCAUGCUCCCUUCUGCCAGCAUGCCAAUGGUCUGUCCAGGCAGGGUGGCUGUUCACCAGAGUGGUGCAUUAUUCAUCGUUCCCCAAAGGUCGAGCUGAGCCGUGGAUGCAGCUGGAUGUGAAACAGUGACUGUAAUUAUUAGGUAACCUUUUUUCCCUUCAUUUAUCUUGGAGUUCUCUAUAAAACCCAUCACUGUCACAGCUAAAUGGUUUCAGUUGACACAGUGGUCUGAAGAUACCCACCUGGUCGUGGAGAGCUCCCUCUCUGCCUUCCUAAAUGUAGCUGCUCGGUCAUUCACCGCUGACACUGUCGCUCUGUCACAGCCUUCAGCCCUCCCUGACAUUUCUUCAGCUCCAGCACAAAAGGGUGUUGUGGCCCAGUGAGUUUUCUUCUGGAUGGAUAUUUGCUUGAAGCUCUUUUUGCUGCAAUUACUCUGUCAACUGCUGUAUUAACGGCACAGAUGUUGCCAUCAGGAGGAGCAGAGUUGUGCUGAGCGUGUUUUCUGUUGGAACUGUAGCACUUUGGGUGUAGGAAAGAUCUUGAGGUGGCUGCCCCAGCUCUUUCUCUGCUCCUGGGCAGGGUCACCUGUAAUCAGUCCUGACAAAAAGCUGCCUGGUUUUGAGGACUUCUGGACAGGGAGGAUUCUACUGCUGAUGCUCUACUGGCCGAGUCACUUCUUCAGCAGCUCUUGGUUCUUGGAGGAGCUCUCUGAGCCAGCAACUCUUUCCACCUGGUGGGUCUGACUGUCAAAGAGAGUCUGAGGGACCAGCUCUGGUGGCAAUAUGCAAAGAGAAAGAGACUCCAGCUCCUUCUUCCACAAGGCUGUUGCCUUUUCAGGCCUAGCACGAGUGAAGUGCUCAUCAACAGUGGCAGCAAAAGUGGGGAAAUAGAAGUGGCAGAUGUGCAGAGCAAGAAGGAACCACUUCUACCUGCUCUCUUUUCAGGCUUGUCCCAAUAGGGGCUUGUUACAGGCCAGAGAGAGAGAGCAGAUCAUUUUCCCUCCCUUAGAAAAUGGUGCUUCAUGUUCAUCUAAUUAAUACUUGGUAAAUAGAAAGUCUCUCAAGUGAGAGUGGAAGACAUCUGUGCAGCGAGCUGGAGCCAGAGAGCAGCCAGAGCAGCUAAGGCUGGGAUUUCAGCAAACUCCAUUAAUUAAUCAAAAUCAGGCUGGACUGCAACGUGAAGGGAAGGGCCUGCAAAGUGAAGGGAAGCAUCCUGACAGCCUGCUGUAGUGGUGGUGCUCCUCAAGCCAGGCCAGAGCCAGGGGGAAGCCCAACAGCAGCACCCGCUCUCAGGAGGCCGGCCCUGGGUGAAACCCACACCCUGCACUUGUGUCUCAGUACAACUUGAAUUCCACUUGGAAUUUAAUCAGAACAUCACCAUGCAACGAAAUCUUUGACAAAUGAUGGCUGUUCGUAAAGAAAUCUUUUCUAAAUAGCAUUAAACAGGUGGAGACUCUUCUUUCUGCUCUCCAAGGCCGAGCUGGGUGGCUCAAACUCAGUGUGAACAGCCUGAUUUUGUCCCUGUAAAUGACCAGAAGGAAGAUGCCCUGAGCACUUUGGAGGUCAUCUUGCUCCUGCUUUGGGGGAGACAGGGGGAAUGCAAUUAAGAAGUGGGUACAUAUGAGCUUGGAGAUACUUUCAACUCACUUUUAUUCAGGUUUUACAGCUGACAAGUGUGAAGAGGUUGAAAUACAAUGAUGCAAGGAGUGGGGAGGGACAUGUGGGGAAGAA